UUAUCUUGUUUCAAGUUAUAAAACUGAAGAAAACAAAUGUUACUUCUUUAUCCGAAUUUGUACGUUUUUGCAUGGCGUUAAUUACUACAUUUGCCAAAAAAUCAAAAAAAUCUAUUGUCCUUCCAAAAUUAAAACUUGAUGUGAACGUAUAAAAAUCCAGAGCACUAUUGCAUUUCAUUCAGUCAAAUGAAUUCAUCUAGCUACAGUGACGUAACAUGUUAGUACUUGACAACGAACAACGUUCCAACACAGCCCGUGAACAAGAUACGAUGUCCUACUCUCCACCACGAUGUCAAGCUCCCCACCUAGUACAGCCGUUUCCUCUGUCUCCAUUGCCUCUGGGGACAUGGAAAUAUCAAAACAGAGAAAGAGGCAUGAGGCCAUCAUGAAAGCCAGGAAAAGAAACAUGGUAGCAAAAAGUUUACUUCAAGAUAAAAUUCAUCGUAUUCAUCAAAACCAAAAACUACAAUUCAAACAGUUAACAAAAGAGAAGAGGUUACUCGAAGAAGAGCUGGAUAAAACUGAAGCCAAAAAUACAGCGGUGUCCUAUCUACCGUCCAUUUUCCCUGGCUCAUCAUUAACGUCGACUGUUUCUACCGCAUCAAUCAACACCGUGGACCCAUGCUCAAGUUGUAUGUUCGGAACAACUAAAACAAUUCGAUGUCAAAACUUCCCAUGUUGUCUUCCACACACAUAUCACACCAUUGGAGGACAAAAUCUGACAAGAUCUUACUCUAAACUAAGCAACUACCGUGAAUUACAGAGACGGAGCAGUGAUAUACGACCUCCGACAUCACAUCGGCGUAGGGUUCAUACAACGGAAAAUAACGAAGAUAUCCGAUCUCCAAGAAAAUCGGUCGAUGAUAAAAUACGUGGUUUGAACUAUCUUAUCCGUGAGUUGAGGGAAGAGCAUGAGAAAAAUAAACCUAUAAACUGGUCUACAAACUAUGGUGAACCUUUUCCAAAAAGACUUUUGUUGAGACCAGCUAUUCCAUUAUCAUUGUAACAAUCAAUAAAUUAUUGACUAUUGAGAACGUUUUAAAAAAUAUUAUAGCAUUUGAUUAAUAAAUUAACUGUUAUUUA